AUGAGGACCUCCGUGCUGGUGUUGGCCCUUUGCGUGGCCUGCCUGGUGCCCCUCUGCUCGUCCCUGGUACAGUGGGAGCAGUUCAUCGGCUGUCUGCAGCGUCGCUUCAGUCGCUCCUUCCUGCUCGAGCCCAACGUGGACUGCGCCACCCGAAAGCUCUUUGUCAACUACCGCCGCUCCAUCUACUGCGAAAACUGCGACUCGUACUUUACGUGCCAGGGUAACUACGAGGCGGUCUUCCUCUGCCAGCAAGACGCCAAGGCCUACGAACUCUCCGAGGCGUUCAGCGAGUGCCGGGAAGAAAUCCAGGGCAAGGGGUACGAAGCGGACAACCUGGUCCUCAACGAGAUCGACCGGUUCGGUAGACAGGGAGGAGACUGCAUGGCGGCCUACCUGAACAAGACCCUCAACUGCCACUACGACCCGACCACCGUGGUCUGCAACCACACCCACAUAGAGUAG